AUGUGCGCAGCUCUGCAGUUUGACGAUAUCGUCAAGGUCGGACUCAUGUUCGACCCCAGUGGCUACGGGACAAUUGUCUGGGGGGUGCUCUCCGGCGUGCUGAAGCUGGUGCAGAACGACAAGAAUAGGGCCGAUGCCGUAUUUGAAUCAGCGGCGGUGCUAGCAAAGUUCUUGCCCAAAUAUGCAAUCAUUGAGGACCAUUAUCGGGACAGGCAGACGCAAGAACAGAAAGCCUUCGAAGAUCAGAUCAGGAACGUGUACGCUUCCAUCCUGAAGUAUUCCGCAUGUGUACAGAAGCAGCUCGAUCUGUCCAUUGCAGGUCGGCUGUCGGAAAGCUUCUGCACCGUGGACAACCGGGACAUCAAGAUCCUCAAAGACGAAUUGACGGCCAAUGAUGAGACAGUGACCGAGAAGGCCCACUUGGUAGCACACCAGUAUCGGAAGCAGGAGUUCCAGAAACUUGAAACCCAGGCAGUGGAGGCCCUAAACAAGGUUGACCUCUCAAUUCAGAGAAUCCUUCAAGCUGAGAAGCUUAGGACCCUCAAGUGGUUGUCAGACAGUCCGCUCACUGAUAAACAACAGCAACUGCGAAGUAAAGUUGAAAAGCUCAACAAGAAUUCCGGAAAGUGGCUUCUCGCAUCAAGAGAAUACACAUCUUGGCUGAAGUUGCCACAUUCCUUUCUCUGGCUAUAUGGAACAUCAGGCUGUGGAAAAUCCAUACUCUGCUCCACAGUAGUCAAACAACUGGCAGGGUCUGUCGCCAAGAAUGACAACAUGAUAGUCGCGUACUGGUACUUUGACAACGCCGAUCCACAGACCCAAGACCUCCAACGCCUAGUACGCCUCGUCCUCCGCCGAACUUCGGCCAAGGCGACGCCAUUUCCCGAACCUGUGCGUGAUCUGGCGAACAAGCACGAGGCCGCCGGUUCUGCGCCCGGCAUCACAGCACUCAUGAAGGCUCUGCAGGCCACCAUUGCCGCCCUGGAGGAGGAACUAUUCCUCGUACUAGACGCUAUCGACGAGUAUCAGACGGGUAAAGAGACCUUUCGCGAGGAGUUCCUGGACUUCCUAGUCGAGUUGGGCAAUGCAAAGCUGCCCAAGCUGCACAUUCUUGUCACUUCUGUAUCUGAAAUUGGUAUCAAGACUGCCUUCGCACGCAUCCGGCCCACGCCAGCAAAUAUGGAUAUUGAGAAGAGAUUCCGGAUCGUAUCGUUACAGCUCGAGGACCUGCGUAAAUGUUACGACGACAGCCAAAUUGAUGCUGUCUUGAGCAGGAUCCCGGGGAGUAUCGAGGACGCAUAUCUGCGUAAAUUACAAGGUGUCCCAUCAAAGGAUGCCCGCAGGCUUAGACACAUCUUCUGCUGGAUCUCGGUGGCAGCUCGGCAACUGACGACCUCUGAACUCGCAGCGGCUCCCGGGGUCGAGCUUCCGAACCCAGAAGAUCUGUCCAAUAUCUGUCCCAGCAGUAUGAUCCGGCUAGAGCAACAGAGACCCCCCGAUGAGGACCAAAUCGACCUGCCGCAGGAGGCAGUUCACAGUUCGUCUCGCACGGAAACGAAUGUCGUGACCUUUGACCAUCCCUCUGUAAAGAGGUUCCUCUACUCCCGUAAGCUGCAAGAUUCUGCUGAAAACCAAGUGUCGCAAUUCUUUGUCUCGGAGAAGGAUGUACACGCUGAGUUCACGAGACUCAUGGUCGACCAUCUUCUUGCAAUCGAACAACCCAGCAUAAGGUCCUCGAUAGCUGUAUCAACCCCAUUCAUUCCGUAUGCCGCACGAUAUUGGCACGAGCAUUUGCGGAGCAGCGGAAGUAGCCUUGAAGAGGACAAAGUGCUGAGCUCCAAGCUCUUGACUUUGUUCAGAGACCCGAUGAGCCCGGCCUAUCUCAACUGGAUACGCACCUGGGACCCGGAGAGGAAAACAACAGACUCUGGUCUGACCACGGACAGUUGCCCCUCGCCAUUGUACAUGGCUAUCUUUCUGAGACUCGAGAGUAUCUCGAGGAUUCUUAUCGACGAGGGCUCAUACAUCAAUGGAACCGGUGGCCUAAUGUGCACUAGCCUGCAGCUGGCCUCGCAGCGAGAGGACAUUGAGAUAUCACAGAAGCUUGUAGCAUCUGGAGAGGACAUUGACAGGAUUUCGCGUGAUCAACCGACAGCACUUUUCAUCGCUGUCGAUCACAGCAAUGCGAAACUCGUGCAGAUGUUACUGGAGGCGGGCGCAAAGCCAGAUGCAGGAAGCCCCCAGAAUCGCUCGGCACUUCAACUUGCAAGUUUGAGAGGCUCUAAAAGUAUUGUUGAAUUGCUGGUUGCUUCAGGAGCCGAUGUCAACCUCCGAAGUGGGUCCUUCGGGACUGCCUUGCAAGCAGCAGCUGCUGCCGGACAUACCGACAUCGUGGGUAUCCUACUUGACAAACGCGCCAAAUUAGACACGGUAGGCGGCUUGCUUGGGACCGCUAUUCAGGCCGCUCAGACUGGUGGGCACUCUGGGGUGGUAACACAGCUUGCUGACAGAGGCGCCGCGUGGGACGAAGAAGGAGAUUCUAGGAAGGGGCAGUUGGGGACGGAGAGCAAACACUAUGUCUACAGGGCGUUGUUUUGGGCGCUUCUUUUACGGGGCCAGGAUGAAGCCCAGGGACUGAUGAAGCUAUACGAUGCACAUGAUGAGGUGGCAAUCCAUUUGGACCUGGAGAUGGACAAGUUCAGUUUCACCAUCCUCCCGCUGGCGUCUUCUCAGAUGGCAAUAGAGCGCAGUACCUCGGACGAAUUGCGAAUUGCGAGGCAUGAGUUGGUGAAAUGUUACGCUUUGGCCUUCGAGGUGGUCAGCCGGGUUCUGCAGCAACUGCAAUCGAGCAAAGGGAUGACAACCCCGCUCGCCGCUCGAACAAUUAAGUGGGACUCUUUGAACGAAUUCCAACGACAAUAUGAGAAGCUUGAGUCGCUUAUGAGGAUAGCACGCCUGCAGGAGCUAUCCUCUUGCAACAAGUGCGCAAAAAAGGGGCUGGACUGCCCCGGGUACGGCAUCAGGUACCGCUUCGCGGACGGGAAAACAGCCUCAUCCACCGAGUUCGAGCCGGCAGAGAGCUCGCGCAACGCUUCACCACCGUCUCCGGCGUCAUCAUUCUCCGCAAAGCGCCGACAGCCUGACCUGAAAUGGGUUGACGUGUCUAGUCGGGUGAAGAGGGCGAGGGCAACUGGCAAGCGACGGCCAAGCGCGGACGCCACUACAGGCGCAGCAACGCCCCUGAGCUCAACCGUGAGGAGUUCUGGGGAGGCCCUGGACAUCGCUCGACGACAACAAGGCAUUCAUGCAUUUGGCCCGAGUCAACAAUACAUCGACAGUGGAGGCCAUGAUCACCACUACUGGACUCGCCAAAUCAGGGGUACGUCGCCGCAGGAGACUUUCGAAUCAUCGUCUGCUCACGGCAGCGAGGACGACGUGAUUGAGAUCAUGCGAACGGGUGACCUUGACUGCACACUGGCUCGGCCAGAAUUCUCACCAAUACCGAAAACCCUACCCUCUUUGCUCUCGAACCCAGACCCGCGGAUACGCCUCCUCUUCAAGCACUUCUCAACCCACGUCUCGCCGGUGAUGCUCAUGUACGACGAUGAGGCCAACGGCUACCGACGCCAGAUACUCCCCCUCGCCCACGCCGACCCCAUCGUCGAGCGCGCCGUGUGUGUCGCAGCAGCGUUCCACCUGUCUCGGCAGGUCCCGGAGCUGCGCCUCCCCGCCGAGUCGGGCCGCGCCGCCAUCGUCAGCAAGCUGUCGUCCGAGGUUGACCUCAGCGACUCGACCUGGGCGACUCUCAUUCUGCUCAUCGUCGCGGACCUGGUGACGGGCCACGAACACGUGCUUGCGCUGUACAAGAUGCUUGUUGCUUUCCUGGACGCCCGAGGCCAUCCUGGAGAAGCGGCAUCACCACUGCAGAAUUUCUUGUAUAACCAGUCAAAAUUAAUAUCGUUGUUUGCCUACCCCAUCCUGGGCAAGUCAAAAGCAGUGGCCGACUUCUCCAAAUUCCUCACCGGCCUCAUGGCGAGCCACGAGCAACUCAAGCAACGCCAACGCCAGAGCGUGGAGUUCCUCGUCAGCAGCGCCCCGCUCCCGACGAGCACGCAGUGGCUGUUCGACUCCCGGACGCGGCUGUACAUGGAGAUCACCCGCGCCGCGACAGAGAUAUACGUCCUGCGCGCCUGCACCCCAGACGACAGCUCGCCCGGCACGGCCUUGGCCCCGGCCACGGCCAGCAGGUCCGAGACGACGGUGCUGCCGCUGCUGCCGAACCUGGACGCGACCGAGACGGCCAUGGACGAGACGUACAGCCCGCUCGAGAGCAUGCCGGACCGGAUCGCCCUCAUACGCGGGCUCUUCGAGCAGGUCGACCCGUCGGCGCCGGGCUCGCACACCAUCGUGUGGCCCGCGUUCAUCGCGGCGGCCGAGUCGCGCGAGGACGACAACAGGGAGUUCUUCUCGUCCGUCCUGAGGAGGCUGUGGCAGUCUACCGGGUACGACAACGUGCUCCGGGGAUUGGAUGCGCUGCCGGCGCUGUGGGAGAGGCAGAGGAGUGGCCAGAGGUGGACGGCUGCGCUGCAGGAGCUUAAGACUGUUGUCAUGUGA